GAUUUUCGCGUCUUCGUUAUUCGCAAAAUUGCGAAAAGAACUCUGUGUGAAAGGUAUUUGGAAACUCAAAAACAUUUUACAGGUAUAAUGACCUCGUCAAUUCCCUGCAUCAGCGAUAUUUAGAUCGGUAAGAGUUCCACAUGCAGAUAUCACAGGUGUAGACGUGGACAGGAUAUAAGAAGUUUGGAAGAAGGUGCCUCUUUUCUGACAAGUCUGACUGUUCUCUUGGCACCAGGAACAUGGCCAGCAAGAGUAAGAAACGGAAGAGGUCAAUAUCCCCUGAACCAGGUCCUCCUCCUAUCCAAAAGUUGAAGAUUAAGCCUAUGCCACAAAUUCCUCCAGAAAAGUCCUCCAGCGGAAAGAAAUCUGCAAAGAAGCGCAAACAAGAUGUCUCACAGAUGCCAACCACAAGCGUGUCACCGACCGGAGAUUGGGGCGAAGACGGAGGACUAAAGAUGAAGUUUAUUUUAUCACCCAAGAGGACAAAAGUUGACGCAUCACCAAGGAGCGAUACAACAGAUGAGAGACUCUCUACGAAAGGGACUGCCAAGGGGAAGAAAAAGGACAAGCAGAUCAAAGCAAAGUUGUUUUUUGAGGAUCAGGUGCUUACGCUUGAUGGCGAAACAGUGACUCACCAAGAUAUGAUAACACCUGGCAAGAAACGAAAGCCAACUGCAAAACAGACUGUAGAAGACACAAAGUCAAGUAAAAAGAAAAAGAAGGAGGUUGACAAGUCCAAAGUUAAAGAAGAACCUAUGAUGCCACCUUUUACAAAGGUUCCAAAGAGCGCAGAACGUUCCAAAAUUAAAUCCAUCAAAGUAGAAUCUGAUAGUGGCUACAGUGAUACCCCUCCAGUCUCGGCAAAGUCUAAAAAGCUGAAAGCAAAGCUGCAGACAUUAGAGGAACAACCUGUUCCAAGUCCACAAGCUUCGGACGUGUCGAGGGAUUCACUUCCCAAGAAGAAGAAAAAGGAAAAGGACAAGAAGAAGAAGAAGAUGUUCAAGUUCAAAGGAGAUCGUAAUCGGUUCCUGAAUGUCAGGGGUUCCUCUGAUGAUGAAGGCGAUGAUAGUUUCUCAAGGUCAGUCCAGGAUGAAGACAGCUUGGGAGGCACGUAUGAUCUUGAGGAUGAAUACGAUAGCAGCAUCAAGAAGACAAAGUCCAAGGAGAUGGACAGGAUGAUGAUGCCUCAAAUGCCGGUGCCAGAUUACAGCUUGGAGAAGCAGGCUGCAGAGAGCUACUCUUCAAGCAUCAAAUCCAAGUCCAAGAAAGAUUAUAGGAACGAGGGUGAGAUCCAGUCGUCCCGCGCCGAAGACCUCAUCUCCCAGCUUACAGCGUUUGGUUCUGAUAUGGAGACAAUCUAUCCAAGUUAUAUGACGGCUCCUGAUGAGGAUAAGGAGCUAGAGGAUGGAGGUUGGAUCAAGAAGAAAAAGAAGAAGAAGAAACUGCUCAAGGAGAAGAAGAAAAAGAAGAAGAAACCAAAUCUUUUUGAGAGGGAUGAACAUGGAAACGUGAAGUAUGUUAUGCGGAGAACCAAACUAUCUGGAUACAUGUUAUGGUGCAGAAGCUACAGAUCAACAUUUGUUUCACAGAACCCCGGACUCGAUUUUUCCACUAUUAGCCGUCGCAUGGGGGCUCUCUGGCAAACGCUGGACGAAGAGGAAAAGAAAGUUUGGCGGAAGAGAGAGAUCACCGUUAACACAAAGGUCCCAGUGAAGCGGCUCGCCAAGGGCAAGGGCGGGACGACGACACAUCAGGAUGCUCCGCCCUUCCGCCUCAAAACACCGGACAAGUCCAAGGCCAAGAUGAAGAAGGUUGCCAGUGCGAAGAAGAAGAAGAUGGUGUCUAAGAAGAAGGCCAACACUCCGGUGAGGAUUACCCCACCCAAGUGGAGUCCCAUUGACUGCGCAGCACACUUGAGGCUGCUGGGUCAGUCACUGAGUGAUGUAGGAGGCAAGCUGCAGGUUCACAGGGAUGAUAUUGAGGUUCACGGCAGUGUGUCCGUCUUGCUCGACUCCAUGUUGUGUGCAUUAGGCCCUCUAAUGUGUCUUACUGAACAGGUACCAGAGCUGAAUGCCAUCAAUAAGAAAACCAAGUCUGGUGUACUGGAGAACAUAGCAUACAUCAUGCCGGGACUGUGAUUACACCCACUAAUGCCAUCUGUACAUUGGAUCACCAGAAGGUAUCAUAUUCUGGAGCUGCAACCUCCGCUUCAGUUUCCAUGGUGAUGAACAUCAAUCCUAAUUUUCUGCUCGUCGUGUAUUCCAAGUCUGAUAUCCCAUUCUCGCGAUAAUUUUGUCAAUGUGUGAAGGUCUUCAUCCAAGGAAAGGACUGAAAACAUAUAUGCUACAUCACUCUCCCUACAUU